UUCAGCUCCGGUGUUGCUACAAUUCCCAGUUCUUCUCCGGCAUGAGGCUCCACAUCUGAGGACUCUGAGACAAACAUGGAGCUGCUCCCCAGAACCCUGGUCCUGUGCUUAGCUCUGGCUCUGGCUACAGCAGCACCAGUGCAAGAUUCAGCAGCUGGAGACAUUCCAGAUCGGUGUGCAGGUAUUGAGUUCGAUGCCAUCGCUCCAGAUGAGAAGGGAGACACUUACUUCUUCAAAGGGGGCCAUCUAUGGAAGGGCUUUGGUGAUCCAGCUCAGCCCUCCACCGCCCACUUCAAGGAGCUGACCGGUCAUGUGGACGCUGCUUUCCGCAUGCACAACACGGAGAACCCAGAGGACCACGACCACGUCUACUUCUUCCUGGAUGACAAGGUGUUCAGUUACUACAACCACACUCUGGAGGAAGGGUAUCCAAAAGAGAUCCAGGAGGAUUUUCCCGGAAUCCCCACUCACCUGGACGCAGCUGUGGAAUGUCCCAAAGGGGAGUGCGUCACUGACUCGGCUCUGUUCUUCAAAGGACAAGACGUCCAUGUCUAUGACAUCGCCACCAAGGCUGUGAAGACCAAGACGUGGUCCCACCUCCCUGGCUGCACCUCUGUGCUGCGCUGGCUGGAGCACUACUAUUGUUUCCAUGGACACAACUUCACCCGCUUCAACCCGAUAACAGGAGAGGUGUCCGGGACCUACCCCAAAGACGCCCGCAGUUACUUUAUGCGCUGCCCUAACUUUGGUCAUGAAGGUGACGGUAAACCUGUCCAGUGCAGUGAAGUCAAACUGGAUGCCAGCACCAUUGACGAUACAGGCAGAGUCUAUUUCUUUGCAGGUCCCAUCUACAUGCGCAUGGACAGCCAGCGUGACGGCCUUCACCCCUUCCCAAUAACCAGGACCUGGAAAGAAGUGACCAACGGCGUUGACGCCGUUUUCUCCUACACCAACAAAAUCUACAUGAUCAAAGGUGAGCAGGUGUACAUCUAUAAAGCCGACGCCCACUUCACCCUGAUUGAAGGCUACCCUAAAACAGUGAAGGAGGAGCUGGGCUUCGAGGGAGCGGUGGACGCUGCUUUCGUGUGUCCAGACGAAUACAAUCUUUAUAUAAUCCAAGGAAGCAUGAUGUUUGAAAUCGACCUCACGAACACACCGAGGAGGGUCACCCACAACAGGCCCUUGGUUUUGUCCAACAUUGACGCUGGUUUCUGUGGUCCAGAAGGGAUUAGACUAUUCCAGGGGUCCCAGUAUUACAACUAUCCAAGACCGAUGAUGGUGGUAAUGAGCAGCGUCGCCCUCGAGCCCACGCCCAUCACCUCGGCAAUGAUGCCGUGUGAAGAUUAGGAGUCCGAGAAGGAUUCUCCCCGAUCGUAAAUAACGCCGUCAGUGUAAAGCGUGAAUUAUGACACAUGAGUACCAGGGCAAGGAAUUCUGCAUUUCUGUAAUCGACUAUUAAGAUUUGGGGGGGGGGAGAGCUGUCUUUCAUAGAAUCAACUGUUGUUUGCUGAAUAAAAAAGAGAAAAGACGUGUGUCCUUCAGUUAGUCAUCAUUAAUAACCCAUCAAUUACGAAUCAAUCGUGUUUCUAACGCUAUGACUAGUUUAGCCACUAAAGGACCCACCGUUCAUUAAAAAAAACAUUACCCCAGAGAGGCACCGCUCAUCGAGAUGACCUGGAUAUGUUCCAUAUGAUUUUAGGAAGGAUGUUGUUAUCCCAGCUCUUAUUCCUAAAUAAGUUCAUAUGACAGUUCAGAGGUCACAAGAAACGCUCGAGUC